AUGUCCGAUAUAAGAAGACUGCAAACGAAUAACAGUUCGUCCUCCUCCCCAGUGGAGUAUGUUGAUGUAAAGCACCCGUACAAAGACGAAUCUGAUGAUUAUGAUCCUGAUGACUUUGUCCAGGCCAUUGUCUUGGAAGAAUCUGAACAUCAAAUCAACUAUAGAAACUGUUCAUGGCAGAAGACAGCAGGACUCCUCUUCUCCGAGUAUAUCUGUCUUGCCAUCAUGUCUUUCCCUUGGUCUUAUUCGGUCUUAGGUCUUAUUCCUGGCUUAAUAUUGACUGUCUUUGUCGCCCUUACGGUACUUUACACUGGGUUAAUCAUCACCGACUAUUGUGCCGCUUACCCCCAUGUGACCAAUGUCUGUGAUAUUGGGCAACAUUUGUUUUGGAACAAUAAGUGGGUCUGGUAUGCCACUGCAGCUUGUUUCUUACUUAACAACACUUUAAUUCAAGCUUUGCAUGUUUUGGUUGGUGCAAAGUAUUUCAAUACAAUUUCCGAUAAUACUACCAUUUGCUCGGUUGUAUUUGCAGUUGUUACUACUGUGCUUUGCUUUUUACUUUCUCUUCCUCGUACAUUUUCAUCAAUGAGUAUUAUCGCAUACAUUUCAGCCAUCACCAUGUUCAUUGCCGUGGUAUUGUCUAUGGCCUUUGCUGGAGUCCAAGAACACCCUAAUGGAUAUGAAAAGCUUCAUGAAGAAGUUGUAUGGCACUUAUGGCCAAAGAAGGGCACCACAUACGUGGAUGCCAUGUCUGCAUUCUUAAAUAUUGUCUACACUUUUGUUGGACAAAUCACUUAUCCUUCGUUUAUUUCUCAGAUGAAGAAACCAAAGGAAUUUAAGAAGGCUUUAUACAUUGUAACUCUUUGUGAAUUGAUUACAUUUUCCUUGGCUGGCUCCAUUGUGUAUGUGUAUGUUGGUAACUCCUACAUCACUGCACCUGCCUUCGGGUCGCUUACAGGGAACUAUAAGAAGAUUGCUUUCUCCUUUGCAUUACCAACCAUUUUGUUUUUGGGCUCAUUGUAUGGAAAUGUGUCCUCACAAUUUUUCUUUUUGAAGAUGUUCCCAAAAGAUUCUGAACAUAGAAAUAGCCAUACUGUAUGGGGUUGGACUGUAUGGGCUGGCUUAAACUUAGCGUCUUGGUUGCUUGCCUUUGUCGUUGCUGAAGUUAUCCCAUUCUUUUCUGACUUGCUUUCCUUGAUGAGUUCCUUGUUUGACUGUUGGUUUGGGUUUGUAUUCUGGGGUGUUGCUUAUUUCAAGUUGCGUAGAUUACAUUAUAAAAACAAUGGACAAGACAAUGUCCCCUUGACUCAAAUAUUUACCGAUGCAGGUAUUAUUGGUAAACUCGAAUUCAUCAUUAAUGUAUUCUUGAUUGCAGUUGGGAUAUAUAUUCUUGGACCCGGGUUGUAUGCAUCCAUACAAAGUAUUGUUUGGUCGUACCAAUCAAACCUUUAUGGAAAUCCAUUUACAUGUAUAAGUAAUGGUAUUUAG